AUGGUUCAUUUAGGUCCAAAAAAGCCACCUGCUAGAAAGGGUUCUAUGGUUGACAUGCCAAAGGAUCUUCUUGAUGAGAUCAAGAAGUUCGAGGACAUGUUCUCCGUUGACGCUGCCACUUUGCAAAAAGUCACCAAGCACUUCAUCAGCGAAUUGUCCAAGGGUUUGUCCAAGGAAGGUGGUAACAUCCCUAUGAUCCCAGCCUGGGUUAUGGAAAACCCAACUGGUAAGGAGAAAGGUGACUUCUUGGCCAUUGACUUGGGUGGUACCAACUUGAGAGUUGUCCUAGUCAAGCUAGGUGGUGACCGUACUUUCGACACCACUCAGUCCAAGUACAAGUUGCCUGGUCCUAUGAGAACCACCAAGGACCCAGAAGAAAUCUGGAGCUUCAUCGCUGAUUCCUUGGAGACCUUCAUCAAGGAGCAAUUCCCAGAGGGUUGCAACGAGACUCUGCCAUUGGGUUUCACUUUCUCCUUCCCAGCUUCCCAGGACAAGAUCAACCAAGGUGUCUUGCAAAGAUGGACCAAGGGUUUCGACAUCCCAAACAUUGAAGGCCACGAUGUUAUCCCAAUGUUGCAAAAGCAAAUCGAAAAGAGAAACUUGCCAAUUGACAUUGUCGCUUUGAUCAACGACACUACCGGUACUUUGGUUGCCUCCUUGUACACCGAUGGUGAAACCAAGAUGGGUGUCAUCUUCGGUACCGGUGUCAACGGUGCUUACUACGAUGUCGUCUCUGACAUUCCAAAGCUGGAAGGUAAGCUUGCCGACGAUAUCCCAUCUUCUUCCUUGAUGGCCAUCAACUGUGAGUACGGUUCCUUCGACAACGAACACGUCGUCUUGCCAAGAAACAAGUACGAUAUCGCCAUCGAUGAAGAAUCCCCAAGACCAGGUCAACAAACUUUCGAAAAGAUGUCCUCCGGUUACUACUUGGGUGAACUGCUACGUCUAGCCCUUUUGGACCUAUACAACCAAGGUUUGAUCUUCAAGGGCCAAGACGUCCAAAAGUUGAAGGAAGCUUACAUCAUGGACACUUCUUACCCAUCCAGAAUCGAAGACGAUCCUUUCGAAAACUUGGAAGACACUGACGAAUUGUUCCAAGCUGACUUGGGUAUCCAAACUACUGUCCAAGAACGUAAGUUGAUCAGACGCCUGUGUGAAUUGAUCGGUACCAGAUCUGCUAGAUUGUCCGUCUGUGGUAUCGCUGCCAUCUGUCAAAAGAGAGGCUACGAAACCGCCCACAUUGCUGCUGACGGUUCCGUCUUCAACAAGUACCCAGGCUUCCAACAAAGAGCUGCCGAAGGUUUGAGAGACAUUUACGGCUGGAAGGAAGACAAGCCACAAAACUACCCAAUUGUCAUCGUCGCUGCCGAGGAUGGUUCUGGUGCUGGUGCCGCUAUUAUUGCUGCCUUGGCCCAAAAGAGAAUCGCUGAAGGUAAGUCUUUGGGUGUUAUUGGUGCUUAA